AUGCUUAACUUUUCAGAUUAUUGUAGUGGUAAUAUUAAUAUGUCAAGCACUAUUCCACUCAUAACUACAUCAGAAUUUUCCUAUUCCGCUUGUCAAAAAAUAUUCAAGAAGCAAAGCGGACUUUCACGGCAUUUGACUAUUGUGAAAAAAUAUAACAUUCCGCGAAAUAAUUUAGAUAAUUUGUCAGAAACAAAUAAUAAAAAUUUUAAAAAUAUCCUGGUUUAUUUAAUUCAUUGCAAACUUCCAAAUGGGUUCAAAAAGGGAGGUCGCCAAUUAGUAUCUCUUGCUUGUACUGAGCAUCAGUUUUUUGAUAUUUUCAAAGGAUAUAUUCACCAUCAUAGCAAUAAAAAUAUUUACAAAUGUAUUUUCCGAGGCACUAUUGGAUAUCAAACAUUAAGUGAAAUCUUGAAUAAUCCAUUAUGGGCUAUUGCGGCCAAUUGUGCUGAAGGUAUAACCACUAAAAGGCGCAAAUCAAAAUAUAAUCCUGGAGAAGUUACUAUUGAAUGGAAGAUUAAAGCUAAAAAGGAUGCAAAAGAAAAUUAUUGUGAAGCGGGUUUUAUAUAUAUGCAUUUUUGGGUAAAACAAAUUUAA